AUGGACUCACUUAUGAAGAACCACACUUGGAAUUUGGUAAAAAGGCCGAAGAAACAGAAAGUGAUUGGCUGCAGAUGGAUUCUUACCAAGAAGCCAGGAAUUCCAGGUGUUGAGAAACCGAGGUAUAAAACAAGAUUGGUGGCAAAGGGUUAUGCACAAAAAGUGGGUGUUGACUUUCAGGAAAUUGUCUCUCCUGUAGUCAAACAUGUCUCGAUUCGCAUUCUUCUUUCCAUGACGGUGAAUUACGAUCUGGAGUUGGAACAACUUGAUGUGAAGACAGCUUUCCUACAUGGAGAAGUUGAAGAAGAUAUUUUCAUGGAACAACCAGAGGGAUUUGUGGUCAAGGACAGAGAAGAUGAUGUGUGUCAUUUGAAGAAGUCAUUGUAUGGUCUCAAACAGGCUCCAUGUCAAUGGAAUAAGUGUUUUGAUCAGUAUAUGGUUGAGAUUGGGUUUAAAAGGAGUCAGUUUGAUCUGUGUGUCUACUUCAAGGAUCUGGGAAAAGAUGGCUACCUCUACUUGCUCUUAUACGUAGAUGAUAUGCUAGUGGCUUCUAAGAGUAUGGAUGAAAUCAAGAAAGUAAAGUCAUUGCUCAGUGAUCGGUUUGAAAUGAAGGAUUUGGGUCAUGCUAAUAGGAUUCUGGGUAUGGAUAUAGAAAGAGAUCGUGCAGCUGGAGUUCUUACACUUUCUCAGACUAGUUACAUCAAGAAGAUUCUUCAGGUUUUCAGAGUGGAUGAAGCAAAGGCUGUGUCAACUCCCAUUGGUGCUCAUUUCAAGCUUGCUGCAAUACAGGAGGAGGAUGAGAGUGCAUGUGAAGUUCCUUAUUGUAAUGCUGUGGGAAGCAUUAUGUAUGCAAUGAUAUGCACAAGACCUGAUGUUGCAUAUGCUAUUGGAUUGGUUAGUCGAUUCAUGAGUAAUCCGGGAAAUGUACAUUGGACAGCAAUACGGUGGCUAUUGAAGUAUUUGAAGGGUAUGCAAGACAAGAAGCUGGUGUUCACGAAAGGUUCAGAUUUCAGAGUUGAAGGUUUCUCAGAUUCAGACUAUGCAGGUGAUAAGGAUCGCAGAAGGUCGAUCACGGGUUAUGUGUUUAGAGUUGGCGGCAAUGUGGUCAGUUGGAAAUCAAAUCUACAACAGGUAGUGGCUUUGUCUACAACGGAAGCUGAAUACAUCGCUCUAUCAGAGGCAGUGAAGGAAGGAAUUUGGUUAAGAGGCUUGGUUGAAGAGCUUGGAUUUAAGCAAGAGGCAACAGAUAUUUGGUGCGAUUCUCAGAGUGCUAUUUGUUUGGCAAAGAACAAUGUGUUUCAUGAGAGGACUAAACAUGUUGCUGUGAAGUAUCAUUUCAUCAGAGAUGAGACUGAAGUUGGAACUGUGAAGAUUCAGAAGAUUCCAACGGAGAGGAACCCUGCCGAUAUGCUUACAAAGGUGAUUCCUGUUCAGAAGUUUGAGAAGGCUUUGGCCUUACUCAAAGUGACUCGGUGA